GUUCGUUAUGCUUCACGUUUAGAAAGAAGAGAGGCAAACUUGUUCGCAGUUCUAACUACAGAUUCCAAGAGACAGUAAGAAAAGACCGUUUUUAUAAAGUUUUCGAUAGACGAUUACAAUUAAAUAAUUGAUAAUUAAACUCGUUGAUAAAAGAAAUCAAAGAAAACAAUAGAAAAAAUGACGUUAGAGAAGAAAAUGUCAGUGCGAGAGUUUUACAACGGGAAAAGCAUUUUUCUGACUGGUGGAACUGGAUUUCUUGGUAUUAAUUUGAUCGAAAAGCUUCUCCGAGCAUGCCCUGAUUUAGAGAAUAUUUAUUUGCUUAUGAGAAAUAAAAAGGACAAACAAGUUAAGCAGAGACUGGAAGAGUUAACGAUGAAUCCGAUUUUUUAUAGACUGAAAAAUGGAGCAAGAGCGGAGUAUCUUGAGAAAUUAAUUGCUGUUACUGGCGAUGUCAGCGAAGAAAAUCUUGGUUUAUCUGAAGAAGAUAGGAAAAAAAUUACAGAAAAUGUAGAGAUUGUCAUACACUCUGCUGCCACUUUGGAUUUUGAAGCUAACUUAAAAACAAAUGUUAACAUUAAUUUGCUGGGUACUCGCAGAAUUAUUCAGUUGUGUCAUGAAAUAAAAAAUCUCAAGGCUUUCAUCCAUGUUUCCAGUGCAUAUGUUAAUUCAAUGCUGUUGGACGUAGAUGAAAAAAUUUAUCCAGCUCCAGCUGAUGUUAAGGAAGUAUUAAAGAUGAUAGAAGAGCUGAACGAAAAAGAAUUAGAAGAAGAGACACCUAAGAUAUUAGGAAGUCAUCCUAAUUCUUACACAUUUACCAAACAUUUGGCUGAGCAUGAAGUAGGUAAUGCUUCCUUGCCAUCUGCGAUAGUACGACCUUCUAUGAUUGUAGGAUCCUGGAAGGAGCCAGAACCUGGAUGGACCAUAUCAAAAAAUGGGCCAACGGGCUUUAUCAUGGGUGCUAGUAUGGGAGUUGUACGGAGGUUACCUAUCGCUAAACAUUUAAUAUACGAUUACAUUCCAGUAGAUGUUGUUUCAAAUACUAUCGCUACCGCUGCUUAUGCUGUUAAUCGUGACGGUGGGACUGACGUAAAAGUAUAUCAUUGUACAUCUAGUACAACAAAUCCUUUUAAAUGGGAAAGCAUAGAGUCGAAAAUAACAAUAUUUCUACGUGAUUUUCCAUUGUUGAAGGCUGUUUGGUAUCCAAAUCUCAAAUUUGUUCGCUCAAUAUUCUUAUUUAAACUUGCUGCCUUUUUUGUACAUAUAAUUCCUGCAAUGAUAUUGGACACACUUACUCGUUUUAGUGGAAAACGUCCGAUAUUAUUACGUAUGCACAGGAACAUUAAUAAAUCGCUAGACCGUCUUGAAAAAUUCAUUUUUACAGAAUGGAAGUUUCAUAAUCCAAAUUAUAUGAAUUUAAGUAAUUCUUUGACCAAGGAAGAUGAGGAAGAUUUCUAUCUGAACAUUAAAACAUUAGUUUGGGAUGAUUACUUCCUAGAUUUGGUAAUAGGUUGUAGAAAAUAUCUAAGUAAGGAACCUAAUGAAACAAUCGACAAAGCGCGUUUGAAACAGAAGAAAUUGCAGAUGGCUCAUGUAGCCCUUCAAGUUCUAUUAUUUGGAUUUAUUUUGUGCUUUUUGAAAUUUAUGUUCAACACAACUUGGUUUAAAGUAGGCAUGGCUUUACCGGCCAUAUAUUUUUUCUUCGAGAUGUUUUAAAUAUUAUGCAAGAGUUGCUUUGCGUUCAUUGUUUAUAUAAAAUAGAUCUGAGGUGGUGGCAGAUUUUGUUAAAUAACGCUGCUAUUCAUUUAUUUACUUUAAAAAAGUAAAAUCGUUUAAGAACAUUGUUCUGUGCGUUCAAAAUACAUUGUACAUUUUUAUAUACAUAUACACACACUUAUAUCUCUCAAAUUGAAUAUAAUAUAUUUCUACGAAAA